GCCACUAGCAAAACAGUACAUAUGAACAGUGGUGGCAAUCAUGUUUCUAACAGAUUUCUAAACAGCUUUUGGUACUUAGAUCAACUUGGAAUAGCAUCCUGCUACAGCACUAAAGUCUAUUGCAGGCAGACUUUAAUUGGAGGGAACUAUGGCCUUCUCAAUACCACCACCUUUGCUCUCAAUCCUGACUACUACAGUGCAGUUUUGUGGCAUCGGUUAAUGGGAAAGAAGGUUCUUGCGGUCUCAAGUGAUGUUCAUAUUAAAGACUUUUUCCUAUAAUUCAGAAAUGUA